ACAGAUUGCUACAAUCAUUAUACCAAGAACUCACAAUAACAAUUCAGGAUAUUAUAAGAUUACAAUUGGAAAAUAUCAAGAUGUUCCUCACGUAUUACCUGAAACUGCUAUACUUGAUCUACCAGAAGAUCAAUAUUAUGUCUUAUCAACAAUCUCUUCAUAUCUUGGCCCAAAUGAUG